GGCUUGCUUUAGCCCUUUUCGAUUUGGUUAUUGUCGUAACAUCUGGCAGCAAAAAAAAAAAAAUAAAAAACAAAUAAAAAUUUAAUAACAAAUUAUCUAUUAGCAGCUGGCACUGAAGAGAUUGAUGCAAAUAUGUCGACUGCACCAGAAGAUCGACUGCGUGAGAACCUCAAUCGAUGUCUGUCGGACUCCCUGGUGAAGGGAGUUGGUGGCCUGGUGAUCGGAUCCGUGGUCACCCUGCUCUUCUUCCGGAGGCGUAUAUGGCCCGUCUGGCUGGGCACUGGAUUCGGCGUGGGCGUGGCAUAUCGUGGCUGCGAGAAGGAGCUCAACGAUGUUAAGUUUGGCCAACGAAAGUGAUCUUAGGCAUCUGUACAUUGGAUUUUACUGAUGCUUACACGUGUUCGGUUUAAUGGCUUGCAUUUACUUCGAUUCUCCAACGAUUUGAGUAAAUAAACUCGAAGAAACUAAAAAGUAAAAAAA